AUGCCACCAUCAAAGAGAAAAACAUUAAUGGACGCUAUAAUUUCUCAAAAAUGUCAAAAUAAAGAAAAUUCUUCAAUAAUUUCGCCUACCGUUACCAUUUCAUCACCUCCUUCUACUGAUCCAAUAUCUGCCGCCUCGUCAAACGCGAGAUCAUGUGAUGAUUCGAGUGAGCCGCAGCAGAUAUCAGAGAUUGCUAUGUAUAAACGUUCGGAUCUACCACCCCCUGAAGGAAUAACUCAAGAACAGUAUCAUGAACUUUUGAAUAACCGUGGUUGUCAAUUUUGUAAUAAAUCACGGAUCAGAAAGAUUUAUUGGGUAUUUCGGAUUCGUUGUUGUGGACUUUGUUUUAAAGCAAAGACAACGAGAGGUGAUUCCAUUGCUUCUAGUGUUUCUUCUGAAUUGAUUUGUGCGUUACCAUUUCAUCAAGAAAAAGGUGUUAAAUUUUAUUGGUCAUCUAUGGUGGAUACUUAUGUUAAAGAAUAUGAGUCAAUUCCAGUUGAAAAUCGGUCUGAUUGGUUAAAACAAAAAUAUGAAUUGGUUCGUUUAAUUAUGGCUGAUGUUGAGAUUCGCGCGCAGGCUGACUCUGAAGAACGUAAAGCAAUGGUUGAAAUAAGGGAUCAAAAUAGUACUCUACGUAAAGAGGCAAUUGCACAAUAUCUUAAGGAAUUACUGGAUGAAAAGGCUGAUGAUGGAACUUCAAAGUACUUGGAAAAAUACAUUUUUGAAUGCCCAUCAUAUCAAAAUGCCAUUCAGCAAAGAACUCCAUUCACGGAGAAAAAAUGGACAUUACUUAAAGGAAAACUUUUAAAUGAAUAUCAAACAGUUUCGGCAAGAUAUAAAGGAGAAAAUAUGGAUUCUAUUUCAUCUGAUUCAGAAAUAAAUUCACCGGAUACAUCAGGUAUCCAAUUAUCUCAAACGAUCGAUCAUAAAUCUAAUGAGGUGGUUGAUUUUAAAAACGUGAUAUUACCUGAAACAAAUGAUGAUCAAUAUUUGAUCUCGCAAAUUCCUGACCAACCUAUUGAUAAGUCAUGCAGUGCUAACAUAAGCAAAUUUUCUCCGUCAAUCACAAUUGAUCAAAAGACGGAAGACAUAUGCAUAGAAGAACAAUUUUUAUCAGCAUGUGAUAAUCAAAAUACGGAUAACGUGUGCAUUGAAGCACAGCAAUCAUUGUUGGACCAAUAUAUUGAAGGAGACACCCAACAACCUACGUCAGAGAUAGAUACUGAAAAUACUUGUACUGACAUUUUAAUUGAUGACGAUGAUUCCGAUUUGAUGUGUCAAGAUAUUGAGGCUGGAUCAAAUGAACAUUUUAAAUGGAGAAUGAUUCCUUUUUCUCCUGAGACAAUGAGUAUGAUCGAGGCCACAAGAGAAUCUUGGAAAAAACAAGGUACAUUUGAACAAGGUCAACCACUAAUGUUUGAACCCAAAGAUUGUGUGUCUAGUCAAAUAUAUGGUCAAACGAAUAUGUCAGCAGAGCAAUCAUUUUGGUUAAAUGACUUGUACGCACCUGAUCAUUACAAUAGAAUCGAGAACUUAACACCAGAUCAGAUGAUGUGGCCAUCAGAAAAUACAUCACCGAUUAAGUAUGGUGUCUCUGAUGAAUUUCCUUUUACAAUUAAUCAGAACAAUUGUAUACAACAAAAACAAAGUAAUCAACAACCAACCGCUCCAACAACUCCUGUUUCAUGGUCAAUUAUGAAUUCAAUCACGGAUGCUUCCAUACAACAGCCAACGUCGCUGUCUUGGAAUAGACAAGAGGUUCCAUCCUUUGACAUAUUCCGAUCAGGUAAUGUUACUUGCCCCGCGCUUUGGCAAAAGUGGAUCGAAGAACAAUUGCAACAAGUACAUGCUUCUGAGUACUUUACCCCUGAUCGAAUUCAACAAAUCCAACUUUUAAGCCAACAAAUGUACAUUAUCGAGAAGAUUAGAGCUUUACUACCACGUCAUACACCGCUAUUGUUGGAACAAGGAAUAACAACUUUACCAACUAUAGCGUCCAACAUUACUUUUUCUUCCGGUUCACAGUAUGUGAGAAAUCCUAUACACAAUAAUGAAUAUUCACAAACAAGAUCCGUAAUAAAUCUUUUAAAGUUCCUACGCUGGUGUCCAUCAUUUUCUGAUCCGCCAGUUCAAUACAAUUAUCCAUAUCAACCAUGGGAUGAAAGGUUCGUUGAUGAAGUGUUAAUACCAAUAUUGUCAACCGAAGCGGUUGUGUUUUUACGAAAUCCCGCCCAUACAAUAAAAGGUGCAGUAUUAAGAGGACUUGCGAAUACGGGAUUAUUUAGAUGUAAAUACUGUUGGUUUUGGGCUAGAAUACCUUCUUAUAGUUAUGAAUAUGUAAGAAAACAUCUGAUGGAAUUUCAUAAGAGCGAACCAUUAGAUGAGCUGAUGGAAAUAUUA